UGUAACAUUUUCAUUCCUUAAGAAAAGAGCUAAAAAACUAAAAAAAAAACUAUGGCAUCUUUCAAUUGUAAAUGGAGUUUGAUUUUCUUGAUCCUUGGAUCAAUGGCAUUUUUUCAUCAAAUUAUGGCUGCAGCCUACUAUUCCACCCCCACCAUUAGACCCACUACGUUUAAAGCCAUGCCUUGGAAGCAAGCUUUUGCUACAUUUUACGGAGACGAGUCUGCUUCUGAAACAAUGGGUGGAGCUUGUGGAUAUGGAAACUUGUUUAAUUCAGGUUAUGGAACAGCAACAGCAGCAUUGAGCACAGUGUUAUUUGGCAAUGGAUAUUCAUGUGGUCAAUGUUUCCAAAUAAUGUGUGUGAAAUCAAAAUUUUGCUACAAAGGGUUCACCACAAUUACAGCCACAAACCUUUGCCCACCCAAUUGGUCCCAAGAUUCAAACCAUGGUGGAUGGUGCAACCCACCACGCCAACAUUUUGACAUGUCUAAACCUGCUUUCAUGAAAAUUGCUCAAUGGAAGGCUGGCAUUGUUCCCGUUUCAUAUCGCAGGGUACCUUGCGUUAAAAAAGGUGGGAUUCAAUUCGCGCUCCAAGGAAACGGUUACUGGUUAUUGGUAUACGUGAUGAACGUCGCCGGAGGAGGUGACGUGGCGAGCAUGUGGGUGAAGGGAAGUAAAACAGGAUGGAUGAGCAUGAGCCACAAUUGGGGAGCAUCAUACCAAGCAUUUGCAACUCUUUCAGGCCAAACUCUUUCAUUCAAGCUCACUUCCUACACAUCUCAUGAGACAAUUAUAGCUUAUAAUGUUGCACCAUCUAAUUGGCGUGUAGGCAUGAAUUACCAAGCCAAAGUCAACUUCCAUUAGUCAUGCAAAUGCCGAAAACAUAGGGAUUACUUGGAUCAUCAGUAGAUUUUGAAUAUUUUCUUCUGAGCCUACUAGAAAUUCCGAGCCUCAACUAAAGGCAAUAUUUUUUGCCUUCACUUUUUUUUUUCUGGGCGCCCUUCAAGGAGUGGUGUUACCAUCUCUUCU